ACCGUCAGGUGCGUUUCUUUACUUUCGGGAAAGGUGGAUCUUCACUUUGCGAGCUAACACUCCUGAUCAGUCCAUGUACGGCGAAGCGCCACAAGCCGCGCGACCUCAAACCCCCGUAGACACUGUGCGCCGUCUGCAUCACAGGCACGUGCCUUUGUGGAACUUCGUGCAAAGAGCACUUUGACAUCUGAGAAAAAUGAAUGGCUACGGAUCACCGUAUCUCUACAUGGGGGGCCCUGUCUCCCAGCCAAGAGUGCCUCUGCAAAGGACACCCAAGUGCGCUCGCUGCAGGAACCAUGGGGUGCUUUCCUGGCUGAAGGGGCACAAGCGCUACUGCCGCUUUAAAGAUUGUACCUGCGAAAAAUGCAUCCUGAUCAUUGAGAGGCAGCGAGUGAUGGCCGCUCAGGUUGCGCUGAGGAGACAGCAGGCGAACGAGAGUUUGGAAAGUCUCAUCCCGGAAUCUCUGAGAACCUUAUCCGGACUGUCCAUGCCUGAAGUCGCCGAGGGCAGCGAGAGGCCGUCCCCUCGUAUGGGGGAAAUGGACAUUAAGUGGACGACUGAGCAAAAGGGUUGCACACAGCAUGCCACAGACCCAGAUGAAGAUGCAUCAGGUGACCAGUCAGGACCAGAGAACGGGUGCAGCAGCAGUGACAGAGAGCAAGACCGGGCUAGCUCCCCCGAGGUGUCCAAACCCAGCCCAUGCUUCCCCCUAGACCCCCCCGAGCUCCUCCCUGUGUCCGAGGAGAGCUGCUGCAGCCCGCCAAAGGGCGGAAGUGACCCUGAAACCAAACCCCACAGUCCCAAAUAUCACAGCGAGCAGGGUGUGGCAGCGGAGGGCCUGUCAGGAUCGGUGUCCCUCCCCAGUCUGAAGGCUAACCGCCCCCCGCUGGAGGUGCUGAAGAAGGUCUUCCCCAGCCACAAGCCUGCAGUCCUGGAGCUGAUCCUGCGGGGCUGCGGGGGGGACCUGGUGGGGGCCAUCGAGAUGCUCCUCUCCAGCCAGGCCACCCCAAACCCCGAGAGGCUGUUCGCUGAGGGUUCCGACGCCCUCCUCCUCCCCUCUAAUGGGCACCCCUUUGACCACCCUCUAGGGUCCUUCCCUGUGUCCUCCUCCAAGUGGUCGGUGGGAUCAGCGUUCAGGGUGCCAGACUCUUUGCGGUUCCCCUCGGAUUCGUCGGGCUUGGCACCUGGACCUUUGGCCCUACAGCACCCCUUCCCCCAGGCGCCCCGGUACCCGCUGAUGCUGCGCAGCUCCCUGUCCAGGGCCCCGGGCAGCCCCUUUGUGCAUAGUGAUGUCACCCUGUGGAAUACUAUGACCCUGCAGCAGCAGUACCAGCUCAGGUCCCAGUACGUGUCCCCCUUCUCCAGCUCGUCCAGUGGCGUGUUCCGCACCUCCCCGAUCCUGUCCUCGCAUCCCUCGGAGGACCUCAGGAUUACAGUGCCAGAGGAGGGCUGCUCGGCCGUCCCAAAACAGCCUCUCUACACAGGCGAGGAUUAUGACAAAAGGUCAGACUCCUCAGAAACGCGAAUUUUAAAUACUUCAACAUAACGUCAGGUCGACAAAUGAAAUCAGAGGGACAAGUCGGGAGUCACAUUGCAUUGCCCUUUUGGUUCCUUGUUAAAUGAAAUAUUUGGACCCGAGGGAGACAGUUUUAUGUACAGAAUAUUCAAUAACCACCAUCUGUGGUGAAAGGUUUCAUUCUGAUAUGCAGUUGUUGCUUUUCAGCAGUAAGUUGUCCU